AUGCCCGGCUGCACCGAGACAUCGGGCAUCCGGGGGCAGGGCGGGGGCGGCGGGGAGGAGGAGACAUCGGAGACUCUGAACCCCGGAAAAGUUCAAGGGCGUUCAGAGGAAGGAAGCCGCGAUAUCCAUGUGGGGUUACUACCGAAACCGAAGAAACUGAGGUUUGCAUCGGAAAUCUGCACCCUCGAACGAGUUCGGAUUCGAGCGGGACCGCGGGGCUGUGGAAACCGACACUUGGCCCUAGGCAACCCGCGAGACGCCAGUGGCCACCCGGCCCCAGGAGCGCAAGUGCGGCUCCCCCCUAGCCGCACAGAUCCUGCAGGGGGCACCAGCCGGGAGGUGGAGGCUCCUCCCGCCUGGUGCUGCGACCCCACCAGUUCCGAGGGUGUAGCCGGCGGCGCCCGGGACGCCCCCUCCCCUCAAAGUGUCCCCGAAUUUCACUCCCUGGCCCCCAGAGCCUCAGCAGAGACAGCCGGGCGCCACGGCCACCAGAAGUUGGAUGUGACCAAGCCCAGCCUGGGGCCAAGUCGUCGUCGACCGUUGCCCCCUCGGCCCCUUCCCGCUCCUUCCUCGGCCAUGGCCCCAGGGAUGCCGGGCCGCGGCGGCGCCGCCCUGCUCUGCCUCUCGGCGCUGCUCGCCCACGGUGAGUAUCGCGGCGCGGACUCGGGAGUGAAGAUGCGGCGGGAGCCGCUGGAGGGGGCAGAGAGGAGCCUGGAGAAGGAGAACCUCCACCCCCGGGCUCGCAGCCGCUGUUGCCAGCUUAGCAUCUCGGGCGGCAGCUCGAGUUACCUCCAGCCCCCAAACCCUUUGGCGGGAGCGGAGGCUGCGAGGCCCGCCCUGUGGACCGAAUCCAGCCCCGGAAAAGGACGAGAGGGGGUAUCACUGCAACCUCCUCCUGCCCGGCAGCCGGCGGGGCUGAGGGCUGCUGGGACCGCGGUGAUCGUGUCUACCCCCACCCCUGGCGCGCAGGCCGGUGCGGGGUCGCGCCGCCCGCUGCCUCGCUUCCUGCGGCGGUCCUGGAGAAGGGAAGUGGACAGGGGCCCGGGGAUCGCCUGCCCGCCGUCCUCACAGCCUCUCCUGACCACUCUGGGGUCUUUCUUCUGUCUGUCCCCAGCCUCUGGCCGCUCCCACCCAGCCAGCCCCAGUCCUCCGGGGCCGCAGGCCAGCCCGGUGCUGCCGGUCAGCUACCGCCUGUCACACACGCGGCUGGCCUUCUUCCUGCGGGAGGUGCGGCGCACGCCUCCCACGGUCACCAACGGCUCCCUGCAGCGCUCCGAGCCCUUCGUGGUGUUCCAGACCAAGGAGCUGCCCGUCCUCAAUGUCUCCCUGGGACCCUUCAGCACCAGCCAGGUGGUGGCCCGGGAGCUCCUGCAGCCGUCCAGCACCCUGGACAUCCCCGAGCGCCUGACGGUCAGCUGGAAGGUGCGAGCCUUCAUCGUCCACCCCCGCGUGCCUGCCUCGCAGCCCGUGGCCCAGGUGCUGUUCUACGUGGCCGGCCGGGACUGGGAUGACUUCGGCGUCACCGAGCGGCUGCCUUGCGUACGCCUGCACGCCUUCCGGGAUGCCCGGGAGGUCAAGAGCUCCUGCCGCCUCAGCGGGGGUCUGGCCACCUGUCUCGUGCGCGCCGAGCUGCCCCUGGCUUGGUUCGGGCCCCCGGCCCCGGCUGCACCACCCACUGCCCGCCGCAAGUCUCCAGAUGGGCUGGAGCCCGAGGCGACAGGGGAGAGUCAGCAAGCCGAGCUCUACUACACUCUCCACGCCCCGGAUGCAUCGGGAGGCUGUGGAGGAACACGGCGGGGUGCCGGACCCGGGAGCGGGGCCCGGGCCGAGAGCCCGACCCAGCACCCCCUGCUGCGCAUCGGGAGCAUCAGCCUGUUCCGCCCGCCCCCGAGAAGGACCCUGCAGGAGCACAGGCUGGACAGCAACCUGAUGAUCCGCCUGCCUGACCGGCCCCUCAAGCCCGGGGAACUGCUCAGCAUCCUCCUCUACCUGGCCCCCAACUCCUCCUCUCCCUCCAGCCCCAGCCUGGAGCACUUCACUCUCAGGGUGAAGGCCAAGAAGGGCGUGACCCUUCUAGGAACCAAGUCACGGAGUGGCCAGUGGCACGUGACCUCCGAGCUGCUGACUGGGGCAAAGCAUUCAACAGCCACCGUGGAUGUGUCCUGGGCCCAGGGCACACCGCUGCCCCUCUGGGAGGACCAGGGGCCCCUGGAGAUCCUGCAGCUGGACUUUGAGAUGGAGAACUUCACCAGCCAGUCAGUCAAGCGGAGGAUAAUGUGGCAUAUCGACUACCGUGGCCACGGUGCCCUGCCUGACCUGGAGCGGGCUGUCACCGAGCUGACGGGCAUCCAGCGGGACGUGCAGGCCAUCCUACCCCUAGCCAUGGACACAGAGAUCAUCAACACAGCCAUCCUGACUGGCCGGACGGUGGCCAUCCCUGUCAAGGUCAUUGCCAUCGAGGUGACUGGCCUUGUCCUAGAUGUCUCUGCCCUGGUGGAAUGCGAAUCUGACAAUGAGGACAUCAUCAAGGUAUCCAGCAGCUGUGACUACGUGUUUGUUAGCGGAAAGGAGUCUCGCGGUUCCAUGAACGCCAGGGUCACCUUCCGCUAUGACGUCCUCAAUGCCCCCCUGGAAAUGACAGUCUGGGUGCCCAAGCUGCCCCUGCACAUUGAGCUCUCGGAUGCCCGCCUCAGCCAAGUGAAGGGCUGGAGGGUACCUAUCCUUCCUGACCGGAGAUCAGCCCGGGAGAGCGAGGACGAGGACGAGGACGAGGGACGACGGCAGAGCGCGAGCCGUGGCUGCACUCUGCAGUACCAGCACGCCACCCUGCAGGUUUUCACCCAGUUCCACACGACGUCGGCGGAGGGCACCGACCAGGUGGUCACCAUGCUGGGCCCAGACUGGCUGGUGGAGGUCACCGACCUGGUCAGCGACUUCAUGCGGGUGGGUGACCCCCGAGUGGCACGCAUGGUAGACAGCAGCACGCUGGCCGGGCUGCAGCCAGGCACCACCCCCUUCAAGGUGGUUUCCCCCCUGACGGAGUCCGUGCUUGGGGAGACACUGCUGACAGUGACAGAGGACAAGGUCAGCAUCACACAGCUGCAGGCCCAGGUGGUGGCCAGCCUCGCCCUCUCCCUGCGGCCCAGCCCCGGUAGCAGCCACACCAUCCUGGCCACCACAGCCGCCCAGCAGACCCUCAGCUUCCUCAAGCAGGAAGCCCUCCUGAGCCUCUGGCUCUCCUACAGCGACGGUACCACGGCCCCACUCUCCCUCUACAGCCCGCAGGACUAUGGGCUGCUGGUGAGCAGUCUGGACAAGCGCGUGGCCACAGUGACCCAGGACCGGGCCUUCCCACUGGUGGUGGCUGAGGCCGAGGGGGCCGGGGAGCUGCUCCGCGCGGAGCUCACCAUCGCUGAGAGCUGCCAGAAAACCAAGCGCAAGAGUGUGCUGGCCACGACCCCUGUAGGCCUGCGGGUGCACUUUGGGCGGGAAGAGGGGGACCCCACCUACGACUACCCCGGCCCCAGCCAGCCAGGGCCCGGCGGGGGCGAGGACGAGGCCCAGGGAGCUGGCCCACCGGGCACUGCCGGAUCCCCACCCGAGGCCGUGGGCCCGGGCACGGCCAGCCCGGUGGUGCCACCCACAGAAGAUUUCCUGCCACUGCCCACCGGCUUCCUGCAGAUGCCGAGGGGGCUGACGGACCUGGAGAUCGGCAUGUACGCGCUGCUGGGCGUCUUCUGCCUCGCCAUCCUGGUCUUCCUCAUCAACUGCAUCGUCUUUGUGCUGCGCUACCGGCACAAGCGCAUCCCGCCCGAGGGCCAGACCAGCAUGGACCACUCUCACCACUGGGUGUUCCUGGGCAACGGGCAGCCGCUGCGGGGGCAGGGGGAGCUGUCGCCACCCGCCAGCAACCCGCUAGAGGCCGUGCCCGCCUGCUGCCACGGCGACCACCACAGCAGCGGCAGCUCACAGAGCAGCGUCCAGAGCCAGGUGCACGGGCGGGGCGACGGCUCCUCGGGCGGCUCGGCCCGGGACCAGGCCGAAGACCCCGCCAGCUCUCCCACCUCCAAGCGCAAGCGGGUCAAGUUCACCACCUUCACGGCGCUGCCCUCGGAGGGGCUGGCCUACGACUCAGUGCCCGCCGGCGAGGAGGACGAGGAGGACGAAGAGGCCCUGGGAUGGGGCUGCCCAGAGGCGGCGGGCACCGCGCGGCCCACUCCGCCCCCUGACCUGCACAAUUACAGGCGCAGAGUCAAAGAGAUGGCAUAG